CUUGCUUUGUAAUCAACAUGCUUAGUUUCUCAUCACAAAUCUCAGUUCUUGUGUUGAUGCUGCUAUGUGCUGUCACAUUCCAUAGAAGCUUUUGCUGCCAUGACAGGGAUCGAACUCUGCUCUUAAUCUUCAAACAAGGCGUUGUUGAUCCUUCCAAACGCCUCUCCUCUUGGUCUUCCACGAACGAAGAUUGCUGUUCAUGGCAAGGUGUUAUUUGUAAUUUCAACACCAGCAGGGUCCAAACUCUUGAUCUGGGCAACUUAAAUAAAAAUGGUUCAGAAUCCUUGGGAGGUGAAAUCAACUUAUCUUCACUACUUGCACUUGAAUUUCUUGAUUGGUUGCAAUUGGGCCACAAUGACUUUGAACGCAUAAGCACGCCGUCUAUCAAUACUUCUAUUGCAACUCAUAGUCAUUUUCCUGCAAAUUUUUCUCUGCUUUCUUUUAUGGACUUAUCAUACAACGUGCAUCUUCGCAUUGAUAAUCUUCAUUGGCUCUCUAAACUUCCUUUCCUAAAAAUUCUCUAUCUCAGUGGUGUUCAUCUUCCUAGUGGAACGAAAUGGGUUCACUCAUUGGCUUUGCUACCUCUAAAGGGAUUAUAUUUGAAUGACUGUAAUUUGAACAGCUCUAUCCUAUCUCUUGAACAUGCAAAUUUUAGCUCACUUUCAAGUCUUGAUCUUGGUUUAAAUGAUUUUACAUGUGGACUACCUAAUUGGUUGUUCAAUCUUAGCAAAGACCUCUACGAUCUUCACCUUAAUCAAUGCAAUUUGAGAGGUCCAGUUCCAGAUUUUUCAGGCUAUCGAAAUCUGCAGAUCUUAUAUCUAUCUAACAACAAACUCAACGGACUGAUACCUGAUUGGCUUGGCAAGCAUCUUAGAUUAUGUGACCUUGAUCUAUCUAUUAACUCGUUUCACGGUUCCAUUCCUUCUAAUCUCGCAAACAUGUCAUCAUUAUCAUAUUUAAAUAUUAGCUUCAACAACUUGAGCGGUGCACUUCCAAAAAACAUUGAUCAAAUCACCUUCUUUAUUUUGGAUGUGUCUCACAAUUCAAUUAGUGGAGAUAUAUCGAAAUUGAAGCUACAAGGUGGUAUAUUUAUGUCAUUUAAUAAAUUCAAAGGACAACUUCCUCAAGUACCGUAUUAUGGAGUAGAAGUUUUGGAUUUAGCUCACAACUCUUUUUCAGGAUCUUUAUCUUCAUUGUGUGGUCACAUUGAGAAUGGUGCCCUGCCUCAGUUGAAGUAUUUGGACCUCUCAGAUAAUUAUCUCACUGGAGAACUUCCAAAUUGUUUGAACAAUUGGACAGAUUUGUCUUAUAUAUACUUAGGGAAUAACCAGCUGGUUGGUCAACUUCCUCCAAUGAUAGGUUCAUUUUUAGAUAAACUAAGGGCGCUGGAUCUACAUAACAAUGGCUUUUCUGGUCAAGUCCCUUGGACUAUUCAUAAUUGCACGUCUUUGGUCUUGAUUAAUUUGGAAGGAAAUCACUUUUCUGGAAGUAUACCAACAUGGAUGCCGCAAAUGUGUCAAUUGUGAAACUGAGAUCCAAUCAAUUUACAGGCAGCAUUCCUCCACAGCUAUGUUGUCUCUCUUCUUUGAUUGUAUUGGAUCUUGCAAAUAACAAACUUUCAGGAUCAAUCCCUCAUUGCCUAUUCAUAACAAGUUUUUUAAUUUUAGAAUUUUUUGAUGAUAUUAUAACCGGUGGUGGAGAGGGUUCUGUUCAAUACCUCCAAUCUUUACGUGAAUUCAGAAUUGAUCUGCAGACAAAGGAUCAACAAUUAGAGUAUGAGAAAUUCUGAACCUCGUGCGAGGUAUUGACCUAUCAGCUAACAAACUGUCAGGAGAAAUUCCUGUACAGUUAGUUAUUCAAGAUAACCAAGUUACAAUUCUUGAACUUGUCUUAUAAUUAUCUGGUAGGAGAGAUACCAGAGCAGGUAGGAGAGAUGAAAGAUAUAGAAUCUCUUGAUUUCUCCCAUAACAAUCUUCAUGGGAACAUUCCUCAAAGCAUGUCUGGUCUAUCUUUUCUAAGUGUUUUGAAUCUGUCAUAUAACCAUUUCGGGGGACAAAUUCCCCUAGGGACUCAACUUCAGAGUUUUGAUGCAUGGAGUUACACUGGGAAUCCUGAACUUUGUGGAGCUCCUCUUCAAAAUAAUUGCACAGUACCAAAAAAAACCAAACGAUACAAAGCAUGUCGAAGGAAAUGACGAUGAUACUUUUUGAGGUCAUUGUAUCUUGGGAUGGGAGUUGGAUUUGCGGUGGGAUUCUGGGUCAUUUGUGGUUCUCUAUUCUUGAACAGAGCAUGGAGGCACACUUAUUUUCAAUUCCUCUAUGGUGUGAUAGAUCAAAUCUAUGUCUUCGUGGCCAUAAAGCUUCGAAGAUUUGGCUGAACAGAAAUAAUUAGAGACAGCACUAGCAAAACUACACCCCCCAAGCUUCGCUAGUUAUGCUCUUCGAUCAGUGGAAGUUAAGGUCAAGCUCUAGCGUGGUUGCUUCAAGUGUGCAGAUGCUAUUGGGCUAUUAAAGUGUGGUGUUGUUGAUGACCAAAUAAAAGAUUGUGAUAAUGUUUUGUGGUUGUGUUUGUCAUCAUGUCUGUGUUGUUCAGAUUACUUGAUUUGGUGUGUCCGGUUAUCAUGAAGUGGUGUCGAUGUAUUUUAGUUAAUCUCUCCAAUGUUGUUUGUGGAACAUGAGAUUUGAAAUUUAUG